GUACUUGGAAUGUGACUGGCUGGCUUCCGCCCACCUCAUCUUCUCAUUGGCCGAGAGGCACGAAACUGUGUAAUAAAUGUGCAGUUCACGAGUGCUGCUACAUAAUGGAAACGAAAGAUUAUCUUUUGUAAGUUAAGUCUACAUCGCCGAAUUUAAUUAAUUGGAGCACCCCGUAUUUAUUAUUGAUUUAGGAUGACGAGUAGAAUACGGUUUGUUCGAUCCAUGGUGAAGGCGGCAGCUAUGGCCAACGUUCCGAAACAUGUGGAUCAUUUCUCCAAAUUUUCCCCAUCUCCGCUUUCGAUGAAGCAAUUCUUGGAUUUCGGGUCAACCAAUGCGUGCGAGCGCACAUCAUUCAUCUUCCUUCGCCAAGAGCUUCCCGUGCGUUUGUCGAACAUCAUGAAGGAAAUCAACUUGUUGCCGGACCAACUGCUGGCCACACCUUCUGUGCAACUGGUCCAGAGUUGGUAUAUCCAAAGCCUCAUGGAGAUUUUGGAUUUUCUGGACAAGAGUCCGGAUGACCAGAAAACUCUCGAGACGUUUGUAGAAGUAUUGGAAGCAAUCAGGAACAGGCACAAUGAGGUGGUCCCCACCAUGGCUCAGGGAGUCAUUGAGUACAAGGAGGCCUACGGUCGGCAGGACCCUGUCACUGAUCACAACAUGCAGUACUUCCUGGACCGCUUCUACACCAGCCGAAUUUCUAUCCGCAUGCUCAUCAACCAACACACGCUUGUCUUCAGUGGAAGCACAAACCCCACUCACCCUGACACCAUUGGUUGCAUCGACUCUAUGUGCGAUGUGCCUGAGGUUGUCCGAGAUGCUUAUGAGAGCGCUAAGUUGAUGUGUGAACAAUAUUAUCUGGGUGCACCUGAGCUGGAGUUGAGACAGAUGAAUGCCAACUGUAUCAGGCAGCCCAUCCAGAUCUCUUACAUCCCAUCUCACCUGUACCACAUGCUCUUUGAGCUCUUUAAGAAUGCCAUGAGGGCAACCAUUGAGAACAACGAGGCCAGCAGGAUCCUCCCGCCCAUCGAGGUCCUGGUUUCAGUCGGUGGAGAGGACUUGUCAAUAAAGAUGAGUGAUCGAGGUGGCGGAGUUCCUUUUAGGAAGACCGAGCGUCUAUUCAGCUACAUGUAUUCCACGGCUCCCAGACCAGACAUAGGGGAGAAACAUAGAGCCCCUCUGGCUGGUUUUGGCUAUGGACUGCCCAUUUCUCGUCUCUAUGCUCGCUACUUUCAAGGAGACCUCCAGCUUUAUUCCAUGGAAGGUUAUGGCACUGAUGCAGUUAUACACUUGAAGGCAUUGUCGACAGACUCAGUUGAGAGGUUGCCCGUUUUUAACAAAACUGCCCUGCGUCACUACAAGCUGAAUUUGGAAGCAGACGAUUGGUGUGUUCCCGCUAAGGAGCCACUGGAUCUCACAGCUUUUCGAAUGGCCAAGUGAUUCAGCCAAGAAAAGACACAAAAUAUAAUAUUUUAUACUAUGCUUGACCACAAAAGUACCCUUGAAAGGACAGGACAUUGGAAUCAAAAGAGAAGAUGGCCAACUUUUUUAUUUUU